UUGUCCAAUAAAGUAUAUCGAGUAAAAGCUGGGGCGUCCCCCGGAAGCGACGCGCACUCGAGCCCGACAGGUGCGAAUAGUGGGCUAGGGCCACCGUUUUACAAAGAGCGGAGACGGGUAAGAAAGCUAGCACUUCAAAGGCAACUAUUCGAAAACUCAGAACCAAUCCGAUUAGCUACUAUCAAUCUCCGAACCCUCACUGGACGACAUCGAGAAUUGGCGGAUCUCCUGAGAAGACGGCGAGUAAUUAUAGCCUGCAUACAAAUAGCAAAAUGGAAGGGUUUGAAGUCACGCGAUAUCGGAGAUGGCUAUAAGCUUCUCUACAACGGCACAAGCAGCAGUCGCAGUGGAGUAGGUAUAGCUGUCCCAGAAAGCCUAAGGAGCAGGAUUGCCGCAGUUGACCGAUUAACUGUCCCAGAAAGCCUAAGGAGCAGGAUUGCCCCAGUUGACCGAUUAAGUGAUCGACUUAUGAGCAUAAAGAUUGACACUGGUAGAAAAAUCCUUCGAAUUGUCACCGCCUACGCUCCCCAUACCGGAUGCAAGGAGGAAGAAAAGAAUAUGUUCUGGCAGGCGCUUGACGAUUAUAUCACAUCUAUCACAUCCAUACCACAGGAUGAGAUACUCCUGCUCGGAGUAGACCUAAAAGAUCAUGUGAGGGAGAAAAGAAAUGGUGCGGGAAAGUGUCACGGGAACUACGGAUACAACACACAAUGA